CCUACGAGAAACCUCUCAUUGAAAUGCUGCAAAUGACUGGGGCCCCGCAUGCAGUCGCCGCUGGGCUGCGCGAAGCCCGGGUUUCCAGCGGGGACACUGAGGACCGCGGACAGCGGAUAACGGCCUGGGCCGGGGCGUUGCUGGAGGGGGCUGGGAGCAUGAGGCUGUGCUGGUCCGUCGCCCUGCUCCUCGCCGCGGCGGGGGCUGCAGUGGAAGACAAAUGUGAAAGAAAUGAGUUCCAGUGCCAAGAUGGGACAUGCAUCUCCUACAAGUGGGUUUGCGAUGGGAGUGCUGAGUGCCAGGACAGUUCUGAUGAGUCCCAGGAGACGUGCAGGUCUGCAACCUGCAAGUUGGAGGACUUCAGCUGCGGUGGCCGUGUCAACCGUUGCAUUCCUCAGUUCUGGAGGUGUGAUGGUCAGGUGGACUGUGAGAAUGGCUCAGACGAGCAAGGCUGUCCCCCCAAGACGUGCUCCUCGGACGAGUUCCGCUGCCACGACGGGAAGUGCAUCGCACCGGGGUUCGUCUGCGACUCGGAUUGGGACUGCUUGGAUGGCUCCGACGAGGCAUCCUGCCCCACACCCACCUGCGGCCCCUCCAGCUUCCAGUGCAAUAGCUCCAGCUGCAUCCCUGAGCUAUGGGUCUGUGACGGCGACGACGACUGCGAUGAUGGCUCAGACGAGUGGCCGCUGCACUGUGGUGCCCGCAACAUAUCCGCCACACAUGGGGAAAACCCCUGCUCGGCCCUGGAGUUCCACUGCCGCAGCGGGGAAUGCAUCCACUCCAGCUGGCGCUGCGAUGGCGGCCCCGACUGCAAGGACAAGUCUGACGAGGAGAACUGCGCUAAGAUCACGUGCCGGCCUGACGAGUUCCAGUGCUCGGAUGGGACCUGCAUCCACGGCAGCCAGCAGUGCGACAAGGAGUAUGACUGCAAGGACAAAAGUGAUGAGCUUGGCUGCAUCAAUGUGACUUUGUGCCAGGGCCCCGACAAGUUCAAGUGCCACAGCGGUGAAUGCAUCACCAUGGACAAAGUGUGCAACUCGGUCCGGGACUGCCGGGACUGGUCGGACGAGCCCCUCCAGGAGUGUGGGACCAACGAGUGCCUGGAUGACAAGGGCGGCUGCUCCCAUAUCUGCAACGACCUCAAGAUUGGCUACGAGUGCUUGUGUCCCAAGGGCUUCCGGCUGGUGGGCCAGCAAAGAUGCGAAGAUAUCGACGAGUGUCAGGACCCUGACGCCUGCAGCCAGCUCUGCGUGAACCUUGAGGGCAGCUUCAAGUGCGAGUGUGAGAAGGGCUUCCAGUUGGACCCCCUCACCAAGGCCUGCAAGGCUUCGGACACCAUCGCCUACCUCUUUUUCACCAACCGCCACGAGGUGAGAAAGAUGACAUUGGACCGCAGAGAAUACACCAGCCUCAUCCCGAACUUGAAGAACGUGGUGGCCCUGGACAUGGAGGUGGCCAGCAACAGAGUCUACUGGUCCGACCUGUCCCAAAGGAAGAUCUACAGCACCCAGAUUGACAAAGCACCCAGCUUCUCCUAUGAUACCGUCAUCGGCGAGGACCUCCAGGCCCCCGACGGGCUGGCAGUGGACUGGAUCCACAGCAACAUAUACUGGACCGACUCCAUCCUGGGCACCAUCUCCGUGGCCGACACCAAGGGCGUGAAGAGAAAGACACUCUUCAAAGAGAAAGGGUCCAAGCCCAGGGCCAUUGUGGUGGAUCCCGUGCAUGGCUUCAUGUACUGGACGGAUUGGGGGACUCCUGCCAAGAUCAAAAAGGGGGGCCUAAAUGGCGUGGACGUUUACUCAUUGGUGACAGAGGACAUCCAGUGGCCCAAUGGCAUCACCCUGGAUCUUUCCAGUGGCCGCCUCUACUGGGUCGACUCCAAGCUCCACUCCAUCUCCAGCAUCGAUGUCAAUGGGCAGAACCGGAAGACAGUUUUGGAGGACAAGAAAAUGCUGGCGCACCCCUUUUCCUUGGCCAUCUUUGAGGAUAAAGUAUUUUGGACAGAUAUCAUCAACGAAGCCAUUUUCAGUGCCAACCGCCUCACGGGGUCUGACAUUAAUUUGAUGGCAGAAAACCUGUUAUCACCAGAGGACAUUGUCCUUUUUCACAACCUCACCCAGCCAAGAGGGGUGAACUGGUGCGACAGGCCCACCCUCCCCAAUGGCGGCUGCCAGUACCUGUGUCUCCCCGCGCCGCAGAUCAAUCCCCACUCGCCCAAGUUCACCUGUGCCUGCCCCGAUGGCAUGCUGCUGGCUGAGGACAAGAGGAACUGCCUCACAGACCCUGAAUCUGUAGUGACCACCCAGAGGCCGGCCGCAGGCCACAUGACAGCUGUGGGUCCGAAGCGCACGGCUGUUCCUAAGCUCACCACCACCGAGACAGGUACUACGCCCCUCCAAGCCCUGGACGACCCUGCUAGCGGAAGGGAUGAGAAGACACCCAGGAGCGUGGGCGCGCUGUACAUUGUCCUCCCGAUUGUUCUGCUUACCGUCCUGUGCUUUGGGACCUUCCUGCUCUGGAAGAACUGGCGGCUGAAGAGCAUAAACAGCAUCCACUUCGACAAUCCCGUGUACCAGAAGACCACGGAGGACGAGGUCCACAUCUGCCACAGCCAGGACGGCUACACCUACCCUUCGAGACAGAUGGUCAGCCUGGAUGAUGACGUGGCAUGAGCUGCUGCCUUGAAUCCUGUCCUUCCCCAGAAGCUGUAGCUCUUCAAGGGCAGGAAGAACACUUUCUUCCCAGACCCUUGACCUGCCCAAAACCCUUCCUGAGACCUCGAUGCCCUCCUGUUCCGUUCAGAGAAAGAAGUGGCCAAAAGCACUGCUGGCGGCUGCACCUCAGCGCUGGCAGCCGUGGGCCUGUCUGCCAGAGCUUUGUUUUAUAUAUUUAUUCGUCUGGGAGGCAGGUGAUGGCACACACAGAAUGGGUUUUGGUUGGGAUUUUUUUUCUUGACCUUCUCUCCUCCUCGACUGGCUCCUCACCUGAGGAACUGACGGAUGGACACCGAGUGAGAGAAAGCAAGUAGCUCUGAACAUGGGGGAGCAGGUGCUACCCACAGGGUCCCAGGCAGCUGUUGGGCCCCUAAACUCAGGAGUAAAUGUGUUUACCUCUGCCUUGCAAGCCUUGCGGGACACCAGAGUAAGCUUUUGCUCUGCCACCCCCAGAUCAGGAUCAAAUUAGUGUCUUCUAAGCCGGGUAUGGGCCCUCCCCUUAAGCCAGGAAGGGGACCCUGGUGUUGGUAUUGACAUGGCCAAAUCCAGCACAUUGGGGGUGACCAACUGAGCCUCAUUCAUUAACCAAAACCUCAGCAGUUCCCCAGGGAAAGCCUGCGCCACCCAUCACCCUUAAUAUUUAUUAAGUGCCUGAGACACCAGGGUACCUUGUUCGUGAAGAUACGUGGCCUCCGACCUCUAACAGCGUCCUUCAGCGUCCUUCAGCCCAGGCGUGGCUGUGUGGACACCAGCCCUGAGCCCCAGCCCCAGCCCUUCCCAGGUGCCUUUGCACUUUUCCAGCUCAGGCUUGUACAUUGCGUAAAGUCAACAUUCGUUAUUAUUUUGCACUGUUUUCUGUUCUGGCCGGGAUAGGCUCCCAGGCCUAAAGGGCCCCCAGGGGUGGGAGGGUGGUUGAAGUGCUGUCUUGGGCCUUUCUCCCAGCUCUUCAAAACCAAGAUCAGGACUCUGGCUAGUGUUUCCACUUCUGUGCAGAUGCCCCUGAGCCAUUAAUUUCCCCGACAAGACAGUUGUCACUGGUGGGUGUCCAUCUGAAACAUGCAUGGCGUUUCAGCCCUGGAAAACAUCCCCUCAGUGCCGUCAUUGUAUGGGACUUAUGAAACAAGAAUGCUUUUCGACAUUGUCACACAUGUCGCGUUUACAAUCAAAGGGACAGUGGGGGGAGCCUCCCAUGGCUUCCUUGUCAAUUGUGCACUACAACCACGAGACACUGCUCCAUCCUGUAGGAAACUGUGAGCGGUGUUUCUCUUCUGAAGCCUGUAAAUAAACCCCGUACAGGAGAGUGGGGCAUUUUGUUAUGUUUGCACUUUGUAUAUUUGUUGAAACACGUAUCACUCAUAUAUAUGAAAAAAAGAUCUAUUUAUUUUUACAAACCCUGGGUGCUGCAUUUGUCCGGUGACCCCUGGGGGUGUCUGCAUUGGGGGAGACUGUCCCUGAGAUGCUUCGUCUUUCUGUACAGAUGAUUCACUCGGUUUGUGCGCAGCACGCUUUGGGAAAACUGCGUCGGUGUUGUGUUUGUGGGCUGCUCUGGGAGGAUGGGUUUUGAUUUUAAACGACUGUAUAGAAUUUUUAUAGCCUGAAUGUCUUACUGUGACGGAUCACAUUUCUUAAAUGAACCAUUUGGCUAAACCUGAA